AUGCCAGGGCGGGCGGAGCCGUCGGGGGGACGCGCGGCGGCGGCGGGGCCCGAACCGGUGUCCGCACCGGUGGUACCGGCAGCGCGACCGGGCGGAGCGGGGCUGCGGACCAAGGGCUUCGCCAUCACCGACCUGCUGGGGCUGGAGGCAGAGCUGCAGCCGCCCCCGGGGCCGCUCCCCGCCGCUGGCUACGAGGGCAGCGGGGCCCUGGGGCUGGGGCUGGGGCUGCUGUGCGGGCUGGGGGCGCCCGGAGCCCCCCGCCUGCUGCCGGCCCCGCUGCCGCUGCUGCCUGCCCGCGGCCCCCGCCCGGCCCCGGGGCCGCCGCCCGGCGCCCGACGGCACAAGGAGAACAUCUCCGAUGAGGACAGCCUGUGCGGGGACGGCAGCGAGCUGAAGAUGUCCACAGCCCAGAUCAAGAGGAAGAAACGCCGGCACAGGACGGUGUUCACAGCUCACCAGCUGGAGGAGCUGGAGAAGGCUUUCAAUGAAGCUCACUACCCUGAUGUCUAUGCCCGGGAGAUGCUGGCUGUGAAGACGGAGCUGCCAGAGGACAGGAUACAGGUUUGGUUUCAGAACCGAAGAGCCAAGUGGCGGAAGAGGGAGAAGUGCUGGGGACGGAGCAGUGUGAUGGCCGAGUAUGGCCUCUAUGGGGCCAUGGUGAGACACUCCAUCCCUCUGCCCGAGUCCAUCAUCAACUCUGCCAAGAGCGGGCUGGUGGGAUCCUGCGCCCCAUGGCUGCUGGGCAUGCACAAGAAGUCCAUGGAGGUGAGCAGGAAGGCGGAGAGCCAGGAGAAGCUGGCAGAUGGCUGGCGAGCGGAGCAGCAGGAGGAGGAGGAACUCAAAGGGAAGCAGGCCAGUUCCCAGAGGGGCUCUGACAAGCUUGGCCCAGCAAAGGAUUCGGAGGACACAGCCAUCGACCUCUCCAGGACAGCCAAGCACGAGAAGAGGGGUGUGCUGAGGCAGUGCAUCAAUGGGGACCCCCCCACGGAGCUGAGCAGCAGGGACCACUGA